CAAACCACCCUUAUCCUAGCUGUAAACUGCGGAGUAAGUUUAGCUCCGAUCCGAAGAUCCGAAGGCACGCCGAGAGAACCCCGCGCAGGCGAUCCCAAUUCACAAGAUAAGCUUAAUUCAAGUGCUUGUGCCUGGCCAAAUUAUUCACAGCCUCCUUCAACGCCUUACGCAAGCCUUACACAACCCAAACAACCACCACGACAAAGUUACGUACAGCACUAGACCAUCUGACAGCGUGUCAGUAUGUCUUUACCACCAGCCACAGUCCGUAUCAAGAGGAAGAGGGGAGACGAACCUGUUGACUUCCUCCGUAAGAUAUCAACUCCUCCUCCGCAUUCCAGAGUUGACAUGGUUUCUAGAGGUCCACGAAUCGAAUGGCAAGCAUGGAAAGCGUCAACGAAGAACAUCCAAGGAAUACCUCUUCUCUCUACAGCCUCAGCCUACCUCUGGCUUCCCAAAUAAUAAUACCAACCUCCAGCGUAAAGACAUAGCUCCCCGACCGAUCAAGCCAGUACGAUCUGGAGCUACACAGCUAUCAACCAGCAAUGGCCAGGGCGGAAAUCCACCAGAAGUGGCUAUGGACAUCAGCACAUCAUCUGCGACAGGAUUGGGACCGAUUGAGGAAGGCAACCCAGCUAUGAAUAAUACUCAUGUUCGACGAUUUCAUAUGUCUAGGAGCCCACUGGCAAAUUCUACUGGACAAGGAAAGAGUCGAAAGCGAUCAGCUUCAACGAGCCUUACCUUUAAAGAACGUAAAACCAAGAGGCCUGAUCCUCCUGGAACAACUCAAAAGAUUGAUCAGCUAGACGCACAAUUCUUGCCAGCUACCAUGUCUGAGCAGGGCAGACCCCAGAAAAAGCCUGGUCGCGCUGCCAGAAGUCUUCCUGUAGCCCCACAGAAUGAGUCUCUAAAAAUCACAUCAAGUCCAGUCAAAGUAAAGCCCCUUCCAGCAACCAUCAAAAAGUCUUGGGAUGUGAAUUCUACUCAGCUUGCAGCAGAAAUGGAGGCAUUCACACUCGAAGAGAUAGGCAAGAAUAUUGCAGAAGCAAACAAAUUCCAAUCUGAACUAGAGGCACCAGCGAUGCUUACUCCACGGAAAGGUACACCAUCAAAGUUCACGCCAAAGAAACCCGCUUUGCGGUACCAUGAACGCCAUCCAGAUGUCAAAAGUGGUGCAGAUAUCAUGGAUGUGGACUACGAGUCUAGUGCAGAAGAUACGGAUGAUGAGUCUGAAUAUAUCAUUGACACAUAUGUCCGGGUACCCGCCCAUACCUUGGAGCCGUCGGAUACUCCGAAAAACAUUGGUUUACUCGUCCUUGACUCUCAGCCUGAUAUCGACGAGUUCUAUACGGAAGGAGGCGAGAGUGAUGACGAGGAAGAAGACGCGGAGGAGGAUGAAAAUGGUGAGUUGCAAGGACCAUUCAGGUAACAGUAGUUGAUUUGUUUUAGCUGAGGACCACUACACCGCCGAUUAUCCAGAGGAUGAGGUCGAUACAGACGACGAAUUCGAUCGAAAUGCCUAUUACUACAGAACAUACAAUGCAUCUGAUCUCGAGGAAUUUGAUGAAGAUGAUGCAACAUUCAGCGACGACGAGAAUGACAGCAAGCCUCCGUGGAUGAAAGCCUGAAGAUGCCAGAAUGAUAAUUCAGCAACUAUGACUUGACUUUUCAGGGAGGGGAAACUGUGUCUGCGGUGGGGUAUUUCACCAUUCUUGGAAGUCUAACAUCUAUCGAGGUUUCUAAGUUCAACAAAAUGGUGGGCCGGAUACGCAGACGUCUCGAUAGGUCAUCACGAUACCAGACUGACAAUUUAAAUGAGUAAGAGUAAAAAAGUAACCAACUCCACGUGUCCGCAAUAUUUCAGUAUAUAUAAAUGAUAAGCCACGCACUUCGAUGUUGAUCAUUUAACCCAAUACGCCUAUCCCAGAGUAAGAUUGCAACUACAAACGUUCCAAUAAACUAAAACACGAUGACUCCAACUCCAACCCUGACGCCAAACCCAACCAGAAAGCCAAACCCUGGAGCCUACGCCAUUGACAAGCCCUCAAUUUGGUACUCCACUUUUUGUUCUACAAUAAAUUCGCUGCUUCAAGGUUUCGAAUAAGUUUUCGCCAACGCCAUUUUUCUGGAGUACGUUAACACAUGGCUCAUCUACGGAAAUAUGUUUUAUGACUUACUGCUCUUUUGGUCCGAUUCAGCGAUGACACCUCGAUCCAACAGCGCGUCCAUUCGGAGGAUAUCUCUCGCAGCCUCUUUGUGACCGCGUCCAACCCAUGAGUAGGUGAGGGCUCGCUCUGGAUGUUUUUCGACAAGCUUGUAAGGAAUAUCGAGUGCUCGACCCUCUGGUGUUUGUCUUUGUCGAACCUUAGCAGGCAUCAGCCUUGGUCUGCCAUCGCUGCCCAAAAUUGGCUCCCAGUCAUUAUGCUCUGGAACUUGAUUGUCUCGGUAGUAUCGAGAUGAGAAACAUUGAUCGGAAUCCCGCGUUUCUGUUGAGAACUCUUCCUGAAAUUUGACAGGAAGAGAUUUCCAAGCGUUUCCAAGAUCGUCAUGGAAGAACCGCAUCCAGUCUACCUGCUCUUGCGUGUAGGCUUUGUUGGAGUGAGGAGGCCUCUGAGAACCAGCAUGAUGAUGAUCUUGGGCGUGAUUUUGUGACGAUGAAGCAGGCGGCGAUGUUGAAUGGUAGCUUCUUUGUCGAGGGGAUCGUAAUUGAGUGUACCGAUGGACUGGUGACCGUUUAUUUCGAUGGCCAUAAUCGAAACUCGAGCUUCGACGACUAGAGUAUUGGCUUCUUGGGCUGAUGGCGCGCAAUGGAAUUCGAUGCUGUCUCCAAUAUGUAUCACGUUCAUUGAGAGUUGAUUGCUGGGCUCUCGGUGCGGGCAAUAUCGACAGACCAUUUAACAAAUCUGAGACUGCCCUUGAACUGCCUUCACGAGAUGACUCUCCAUCCUUCGAGGGGUUCAGCAUUCUUGAAAUGGCCAUAGGGUUUCUAUCCUCGGACGCUUGUUGAACCCGGAGCUCGAUAUGCAUCGUUUUCGGGUUACUCAUAAUGUACAUGACUUUUGAGAUCCAUCCAAAAUGGUAGCAGUAAUGGAAGUGAUAAUAUAGGGCGGUCGGUUAGGAAAAUCUGGGCGAUGGAGAUAUGCCAAAGACUUUAUAGAAUGAGACGAUGCACCAACACUUCAAUCGUUGCUCCCAACGAUCAAGCAGUACAGUUCGUUGGGAUGGGGCUAUAAAAACUGUGUGUUACCGUUGUCGGUCGAGGCGGCAGCUCUUGGGACUAAGAGGCAUUGAUGGAGGGGGCUUUGUACUACGCUCUAUGCCAAGAGGUUCUCCAGCAGAGUGGAAGCGAGAUUCAAGCCACGCUUAAUUUCUUGAGUCUGAAUGUCCAAUGAACUCGAAGCUGUAUGAUGGUGGUGUUGGUUGAUUGCAGCAGAUUGGACAUGUCUUGAGAAUAUAUGGCAUCUUCAGCAAUCGACCACUUACCACUCACUAUCGUGUAAGCCCAACCGCUGAGCCGUGGCUGUGGAUGUUGGUACCGGGGUGUUUUGGGAAGAAAUCGCUGGUCGGUCCGCAUUCUUGUUGACGGCCCGAGAGAAGUAUUCCGGAGUGAUGAGCUUCAUACGAAAUGGCCGCUGCCUACUUCGAACAAAGCUCGAUAAUGGGUCAGGGAGAGCUGCAAGUCCACUGCAGCUUUCUACCACAUGACCAACAAUCCAACAAUCCCCAACCCCAAUCCCAAACACACUCAUUCAUUCCUGGCCAUGCGGUCAAUUUGACUCGGGAUGUUGUUUCCAAUUUACGUGCCAUGCCAUGGUCAAGAGCAGUGCCGGCCAUAUCAGACUCGCUCGAGGCUGUGUGGAAACCGGGUUGUGGUUUGUCUCGGAAAGGGGGGAGGCAAAAGCGGAACGGUCAAGCGAAGCGAGGUGAGCCCCUGGCAUCUCAUAAAAAGGAUAAAAGGCUAUCACAUUGGGCAGCCUUGUUUUCUUGAUUUCUCUAUUCUUUUUCGACAAUCCCAUCUCAGUUUGUCGACUGUGCCGUAGACUUAGACGUCUUCGCUCUUGCAAGGUUCUCAGUACCCUUAAUGCACUCCGUAUUAGUGGGUCAUUGGUGUGACUGACCCAGUCUGUCGGGUCGGCCCUGCGGUAAUCGCGCACUCAGCGCUCCCUGAACGCCCCUGAAGGCUCCCCACCCCACACCGCAUCACAUCCACACCUUCUUCUCAUCUAAUCGCCCUCAGGUUACUCGAAGGAACAAGACCCGCCAGCCCUCGUUCCGCUUGAGAUAAUAAAUGGACUCCUUGAAUCUUCCAAAUGCGGUCAGAAUUCUGACUAGGGUGGCACUGCUCUCUACACUCAAGGCAACUUUCGCCGGCCUUGCAUAAUCCUUCAACGCAAUCCCACCAAUGAUGGCUAUUCAAUUCAGACGCCAAAAUAUGCUACGCGGACGGGGCUGCGUGGUCACACCAGAUUCGUUGAAGAAUGCGGACUUCUAUCGUCAACGCCUUCAUACCCUAAGGACUGCAUGGCAGUAGCAUGGGAGAAUGACAACAGAUAUGUCAAAAGAUGAGGGGGUGUGACCAGAGAUCGUAAAGAAUCACCUCGGUCAUGCAUUGAUUCGUUUCUUCAGCAGAUAUGAGUAUGACUAUAUUUCAAUAGUUGAGUUGCGACAAGAUCAUAUGGCACAUUUUGAUAUGAUUUCCUUUAUUCCCGCAAUACGCCCCAUAUUCUUCCCGAAACUUUCUUAGUAAUGGAGAUGUUUCCGGUGUUUCUCAAACCCAAAACGCAAAACCAACAAGAUAGUUCUCGUCGUUUUUGACCUCUAUUUGCCAUUGGCUAGGGUAGUUCUUGUCGAGCAACUCCUCCCUUGCUAAAUCCCAAGUUUUCUGCAGGAAUCUGCACGUCAGGAAGAGGGGCGGGCGCCUGCGUUGCUUUGGGUGUGACAAAGUUCAUGGGCGUAGCACGCCAAAGCUGACCGACAAUUGUUACACGAGACGCCAUAUCGUUUUUGAAACGCUCGAACCAACACUCGUAUAUUCUGGAUGAUGACCCAACAACCAUUUGUUAGAACAUAUCAUGAUACAUACUUAAAAUACCAUUUUGCCAAGCGUUGGAAGGGAAUCAAAUGGAGGGAAGUUAGUUAAAAGAGUGUGGAUAUGUCAUAUGCGCGCGCCCACUCCUCCCCUUGACUUUGCUGUCGGUCUGGUCCCGAGGAGUUGGUUCGGGCACAUAUUAACGUUCGAAGGGGAAGGGUCACUAGAGUCACUUGAUUGCGGUACUGGGAAAGUUGGAUCACAAUCGCCUGGGGUCAUUUAUUGCUCACCCCUGUUCAUUGAACCUGGGAGAGAAACAAGCAACAUGAUAAGCACUAAAAAGGAAGUUCAAUAAUGGGGAAAAAGUUAACCUUGAAAGAUUCUACCACAAUUUGCAACCAAGCAACCGAGUUGAAGCCUGCCUGUUCACGAUAGUUGCCCGUUCACGACAAUAUGUAGAUGGUGGUAUCUACAAGGUAACCGUCGACGAUUCCUGAUUGUGGGUGUAAUGUUUGCCAUGCAGAACGAAAAGCAACUGUAGUUUGCAUAUCUUAAGAGAAUAUGAUAAAAAAAGUGUUUCCUGC